CGCAUUGCAUUCAGAUCCCAAAAAAUUGCCGUUGUUGUUUGUACGUCAUUGAAAUGGUUAGAGAAAGAUUAGAAAUAGAAUAGAUGUAAAAUUGAUGUGAUCAAUGGCGGCGAAGAAAACGUCACUGGUACAAGGACUAGAGGCAGAGGAAUACCAAGAACUUGAACCCCUCAUUCAAACUUACCACAAAUUUGAAGCUUCUCCUAACACCACCACUUCCCUCAUUACCCAACGCAUCGAUGCUCCUCUCGACGCUGUCUGGCCCUUUGUUCGCAGCUUUGAUAAUCCCCAAAAGUAUAAACACUUCAUCAAAAGUUGCAAUAUGUCGGCAGGGGAUGGCGGGGUCGGAAGCAUCAGAGAGGUGACGGUGGUCUCCGGCCUACCGGCAUCGACAAGCACAGAAAGGCUAGAAAUUUUGGACGAUGAGAAGCAUAUUUUAAGCUUCAGGGUGGUCGGAGGAGAGCACCGGCUGAACAACUACCGAUCAGUGACGUCGGUGAACGAGUUCAACAAAGACGGCAAAGUUUACACAGUCGUUUUGGAGUCGUACAUCGUCGACAUACCGGAAGGGAACACCGGCGAGGACACCAAAAUGUUUGUCGACACCGUCAUCAAAUUGAAUCUUCAAAAACUUGCGGGAGUUGCCACAGCCUCUCUGCAUGAACAUGAAUAGGAGUGGCGGCGGCGGAUACUCUGCCGACGGUUGAUGGGACUGGACUUUUUUAUUAAAAAAAAAAUGUUUGUAUGAUGAUUAGUGGUGGGGCGGUAUGUUUUUUGCAAGUUGAAUUUGAUUUUUAGCUUGUUCUAAUUUAUUGGGUCGGCCGAUAAUGGAUUGGUUGGGAGAAUUAUAAGAGAUGAUAUGAUUCAGAUUAUAAUAUAUAUUUUCGACAAAUAUUGUCUUAAUUGACGUUUCAAUAAAA